UUGAUGAUGCUGUCUACUGCUCCCGUUGUAAUUUGUAAAUAGUCUCCUCUUCCCAGCUCUGCUGUAUGGAACACCACCAUGAGUCCAUGACUGCUCGCUCUUUUACCCUCCACGGCUCCACACAGCACCAACUCCACUGCCCUCCUCCACCAGGUGGAACCAGCGUCAGGUCGGCCACUGCAUCUGAUUGCUGCCACGGUGCCACCUCUCUCGAUCACAAUCAGAAUUCAGAAGGGCAGAGGAUAACCAUUUUUUGAGAGAGAGGGGGGGGGGGGGGGGGAGAGAGAACUAGAAGCGGCGGCAGUGACCGGGCUGUGGUACUGACGUCCAGACCAGAUGUGGACCAGAUGGGCGUGGGCCUUGGUACUGUAACUUCAUGUAAGCCCACCCGUGGCAGCCGGCCCAACUCGUGCACAGGCUGGGAUUUUAUUGUGCUUUGGUCCCCACCUUCAAGCGAGCCGCCCUCUCCGCGCCCCGUUUUGAUAAGCGAGGCCUCCCCACCUCGGAUCGGAGCCCGAGGCGGCGAAAUCGAAUCCGACUCCGAUGUCGCUGGCCCUGGCCCCGGCGCCGGCGCCGGAGACGAAGGCCCCGAUGGCGACCCCGAUUGCUCCGACCCAGACGCUGAAGCCGUCAUCCCCGACUCCGGCGACGAAGGCCCCGAUGGAAACACCGAUUGCUCCGACUCUGGCGCUGAAGCCGUCGGCCCCGACUCCGACGCCGACGGCCCUGAUGUCAUCGCCUACUACACUGACGGCUCCGAGUCCGGGCUCCGAACGCUCCGAUCAGUCUGCAGAGUUGUCGAAGAAAGACGACGAAAUUGAAAUUCUCAGAGCUCGUUUGUAUGAAGCAGAGCUUCUGAAUGCAAAACUGCAGAAGGAUUUAGAGGAAGCCUAUGACCUCUUAAGGCAGCAAGCUGUCACGGAAAAAGGAACAGAUAAAAAUUCAAACAAAGCUCAUGAUCUCCCAAGGCAUCUUUCUGGUAGGGAGAAGGUUCCUGAUAAAAGGUCAAAAAAAGCACAUUCUGAUCGAGAGAAAGUGCCACAGAAGUGGUCAAAAGGUAGAUCAAGAAUCCGAUCAAGAAUUGCGAGGUGCCAUGAUAUUAUCCUGUGUGAGAAUGAAGUAGGUGCUUUACAAGUUCUGGAUCUCUUAGGUCGUCCUAAAUAUAAGAUUUUACAUGAAGUGGAUGUACCUGGUGUAUUGCCAGAUCCUUAUGAUAAGGAUAAACCAAAGAAAAAGCUCGAGGCACUGACUCCUUUUGGGAAAAUCCUGUUCUUGGGGAUGAUAGACGAUCUUUACCGUCUGCACAGGGCUGGCCUAAGCCUGGAUGGAAAAUUCACUCUGAUGGAUUUCUGUUGGCUAAAAAAUAAGAAAGUGAAGCUUGGCGCUGAUCUGAAGGAUCAUAUGUUGAGAAGAUCGCGAAAGAGGAUAAAUAGAGAUUAUCGGAGACUUUGCGAGUUGAUGAGGCUUAUGUUAGCACAGUGUGAAGUUCAAAUUCCAGUUGACCUACAGUUCUUGCUCAGUCUUAUGGAAUCAGAUGAUCCAGUGAGCGAACAAUUUCUCAUAAGGUACAACAUAUGCCUGAUGGAUGAAAUAUCCAAAAGAACUUACACGCUGACGUUAUACGACAGAUUGGACCAGUUAGAUGUUGAGGACGCAGUUAAGUUCGGACAGAAGAACAAAGAAAAAUACAGAUCUGCAGCUGUGUAUGACUAUAUCAUAGCCGGAGAUGAGGAUUGGUCCAACUCUAUGACGCAGAACAUGUUUGUUAACUUGAUAUAUGGUCGGUGGUGUAGAGACAAAGGCAGUGGCCCGUAUCAUACACGCAGGCAAUUAGUGAAACUGUUGCGUCACUGUUUGGUUCGUCUUCCGCAGAAGGCAUAUUAUCAUAAUAAGAUACGAUACACAGAUGCGAGUGUUGUUGGAAUGCUCGAGAUGCUUACUCCAGGAGUGUUCAGCCAAUUUCAAGCGGGGAUGUACGCCAUCAAACAACUCGCUUAUCCCCAUCUUAUGCAUGUGAUGAGGGUUUAAUACACCCGCAGGGAGAAAAAUUAUAUGGUAAGUUGAUGACUUCCCAUGAAUUGUAUGCACCAAACUUUCUUUUUUUUCUUCCUGUAUACUGCAUGCUAACGAAAAACGCAUUCCAUACUCUGUAACCGGUUUGAUUUUUGUCGUUUACUAUGUUAGCUGGUUUGAUUAUAGCUGUGUUACAUGUUAAUUUGCUAGUAACUUUCAAUCAUGUUCACUUCAGAACAGCACAGUAAAACAUGAUUACCUAGUGCAGUUUGAGCCAUGCCAUCUGCACGAGCAAG